GAGCGCGCUUCAUCUUCCGGGAGCGCGCAUCAGUCAUGCCUCAUCCAUCGUGCGCCUCGCUUGCGUCGGAGGGCAAAAGAAGAAUUUUGUCUUUUAUUCUGUAAUUAUCUUACCUGCUCUCACUGUCGCUCCGCUCAGCGCUGUUUCCAAAGAAAAUCCGAUGUUUGUUCUUCAAACAAACCGAACUGCUCGAUAUUUUUUUUUUUUAUGUUUCGCCUUCCUGUGAAUGAAACAAAAAGACUGGCAAGACGAGGAGUAACUGGCUCCAGCUGCGGUGCUGUGGUGGGUUUCCCUUUUCCUUGUAGGUCAUUCCCUUAACUUAAUGCUGUCGACACUCCCGUCACUGUAUACAGCUUGAGGAUUUAAACGCAGGAAAGCCACUUUAAUGGACUUGAACUGACGAGACGAGGCAACCGCCUUUCAUUCUCGGGGGGGGAAAGAGCUGCUAGGAGACUGAUCAUCCUGUGACGGAGGAAAAAAAGGUUUAUGCAUGUAAAAGAAUUGGCUCAGCUCUGCCAACCCUCUCUUCUCACAUCCCACUGUGUUGCUCCACAACCACCACAUUUGCCUGCUGUCCUCAACCCAUGGAGAGUACACGCCCACCCAGAUAGGAUGCCGGCUUCGUCCGACGCGCUGCGUCCCCUCCUGCCCGUCGCCACCACCUCCUUCUCCUUACGUGUACCUGCUCUUGCCGACGGCUCCUCCCAGCCCUUCAGGCCGCGCCCUGCCCCGCACCAACAUGGUGGAUGAGAUGACCACUAUGAAGGAUGACGUCAUCAAUGCCAACACGCUGGCUUGGCUGGUCUGCUCGGGCGUGUCCAUCCUGGCUAACACUUGGAGCAUUCUUAGCGUCAGUGCUAAGCAGAAGAAGUGGAAACCGCUGGAGUUCCUCAUCUGCACCCUGGCAGGGACGCACAUUCUCAACAUGGCCAUCCCCAUCACCAUGUACUGCGUCAUAACGCUGCGGCGGCAGCACUCUAACUACGAGUGGAACGAGGGUCUGUGCAAGGUGUUUGUCUCUACCUUUUACACGCUAACACUGGUCACCUGCUUCUCGGUCACCUCGCUCUCCUAUCACCGCAUGUGGAUGGUCCGCUGGCCGGUGAACUACAGGUUGAGUAACACCAAAAAGCAGGCAGUUCACACAGUGAUGGGCAUCUGGAUGGUGUCCUUCAUCCUGUCCACGCUCCCAGCAGUGGGCUGGCACGACACAAUCGAUCGCUUCUACACCUCCGACUGCAGAUUCAUUGUGACAGAGAUCGGCCUGGGCUUCGGCGUGUGCUUCCUGCUGCUCAUCGGCGGCAGCGUGGCCAUGGGCGUGAUCUGCAUCGGCAUUGCUCUCUUCCAGACCUUCUCCAUUCAGGCGGGCCACAACGCCGACAAGAACAAGUUCAACGUCCCGACCAUCGUGGUGGAGGAUGCUCAGGGGAAGCGCAGGUCAUCCAUUGACGGAUCAGAGCCUCUCAAGACUUCGCUGCAGAUCACUUACCUGAUCAGUGGCAUCGUCUUCAUCUACGACUUCCUGACUGGCUUCCCCAUACUGGUGGUGAGCUUUGCCAGUCUGAAGUUUGACCGCUCGUAUAACUGGAUGGUGCUGUGUGUGCUGUGGUGCUCCAUCGCUCAGUCCAUUUUGCUGCCCAUGUUCCUGUGGGCUUGUGACCGUUACCGGGCCGACAUCCGCAUGGUGUGGGAGAAGUGUGUCGCCAUCAUGUCCAACGACGAAGUGGAUGAGGAAAACAGCCAAGAUGGAGGAAUUCAUGCCGACUUAAUAUAUGACAGACCAUAUGACUAUAGCUCGGCGCCUGAAAUCGUGACGAUAGACCGUAAUGCCAAGUUUGAGUUCUCAACCUUAGAAAGGGGGGUUCUGCAAGGGUAUCCAUUGAGGGAACAACAGGAAGAUAAAAUGCAGUAUUUGCAGGUGCCCCCUACAAGAAGAUACUCCCACGACGAAACAGACAUGUGGACCAGCGACCAGAUCCCCUCAUACCUGCAUCGAUGGGGCUCCACCGAGGACGUGAUAGUGGCUGCCCACUACAGCUCCACCUUGCCGCGCCGCGAGAGGCGCAGGAGCAGCCUGGUCUCCUACCACGAGGAGAGCCACUAUCAUCACCACCCUCACCGCAAGCGGCGGCGAUCUGAGGACAGCAUGCACUCCCUCAGGCACCUGCCCCGCAUCGUGUGCGGCGGGGAGCACUACGAGGACGAGCUGCGGUGCUUCAGCCGCGACGAGGUGAUUAACUUUAUAGACGAGACUCCCGUGCCGAGCCCCCGGAGGAGCCCGCGCCGCACGUCCACCGUCUCCCUCAUCCCCAACGUGUACGAGCAGCACGCCAUCAUCCUUCCCCACUUCCCACUCACAGACUUUGAGCGGGAGCCUCAGGCGCUCAGGCGGACCUCGGAGCACAAGAGGAGCAGCAGCAGCAGGGGCAACUCGCCAGAGGGCUCCCCCAAACCGGACCGGUCCCCUGGUAAGACGAGCCACGGGGCUUGCGGCUCGGGGAAGGGCUGCAGUAAAGGCCAGCGUGACGGGGGACAGCAGGACGGAGGGGGCUCACCCCGACGCAGAGAGAGGACUGCAGGGCGCUCUGGCAGCAGGCACAGGACAGGUGAAGGUGCCGUGUCCAACGCCGGAGCAGACUGGCUGAAGCAGAAGCACCUCAGCAAGGCUGAGAGUAAAGGCAGCACAAACAGUUUCCUAAGCACACCUUCAGCGUCGUCCUCGGGAUACAUUACCUUUCACUCUGAUUCUGUUGGCUCCACCACCUGAAGCAAAGCACCCACGUUGAUAUAAAUAUUAGGACCUAAUAUCUAAUUGAAAACCUCAGUGGGUUAAGAGAAGUGACAGGCUGGAACAUAUCGACCUUUUUACUUGUGCCAUUAUUCAGUUUUCUUACCUACCAGAGAUAAUCGUCUGCUAAUCCUAGACGGCCUUAGGAACUUUGAACCUAUUUUUUUGACUGGGCCUUGAUUUCAUGUGUGGGCUGAAAUCAAUAUUGAUCAAUCCAGCUGUUUAUCUGUCACAACGCAAAAUCUCCAGUGACAAACACUUUUCCGCCAGCACUGACACAAAGGAACUGUUUUUAGUUGGUGUGAUCAUUCCUGAACCUUGUUUCUGUCGUUUGGCUCUUAUAGGAGGAUAAAAAUAUUUUCAUGUGCAUUGGUAAGGAUGUGUUUUUUUAUUAUUAUGUUUUCUUUUGUCUUCUUUUAAAAUCUUGAACUUGAGUUGUGUUUUAUUUGGCCUGUAAUGUGUUUUUGUUGUGUGGUACGAACACAAGCUUUCCUGAACGCAGCACAUUUUCCUUCAGCUUUGCUUCAGUGCAGGAGUCAUUUCAACUUCUUUCAUUUUUAAAUUACCAGUCACCACAUAAAACCUUUUUAUAAAACAUUUUUCACAUAAAAUGGAAAAUGAGUUUUAAUCCCACUCCAUCAUUUGCCUAAUUAAUGGUUUCUGUGAUCUUUUGAAAACGUGAAGCCCCAUCCUUUAUUUAAAAAAAAGAAAGAAAAAAAGAGUUAUUUUUAAAAUAUGUAAAUAUGGAAAAAUAUUGGAUAUUUAUGUUUUUGGGAAUUUCUGUUUAUAUGAAAUCUUUCCUCCCAAAGGUUUAUCUUUCUUGACUUUGGUGAUAAUGAGGCACAGAUGUAGCUCAUUACAAAACAAACAGCUUUUAAGACAAAUAUGCAAGUCGUGUUUUCUACUCCCCCUGCUGACCCUCGAUAAUCUGACUUCACACUACGCUUUGGUUCAGAUGCACUGUACAUUUAGUUAUUUCACAUAAAGCACAAAUUAUGAACCAUAAAUUGGAACUACAAUUCAACUUAUAAGUGACCUGGUUCUCCUGGGCGACAUGUGAAAAUGAAUGGGCUUUGGAAGGUUUUGUUUAUUUUGCUUAAUUGACCGGGCUCUGCAAAAAUAAAGUGAAGAUUAAAUCUGAGUAAACCCCUGUAAUUCUUUAGAGGGAUGUUGUAGCGCCUUGCGGAGGCUAUCCCUAGAGAUGUCUCACAUUUUAUCUCAUUAAAACCACAAACCUCAGUGUAUUUUAUUAUUUUAUGAAAGACCAACAGAAAGGCCAAACAUGUGAAGAUUUUUUUUUUUUCCUGGACUGCCCUGUUUUUAGCACCAGGCUUCUUGAGGUAAAACACUCCCACAGCAUAAAGCCGCCACCGUAACGUUUCACUGUGAAGAUUGUGUGUUCAGCAGAACAUGACGUGUUAAAUAUCUAAUUAGUUCCCAUCUGAACAAGACUUUAUUUAGACACUACUGUUGUUCUUCUCAAUCUGCAGUCUUCUUCUGAACGCAGCUAGUUGCACUGGAUUUUACUUACGGGUGUCGGAGUAUUAAGGGGCCUGAAAUGCAAACCAAAUUUUUUAGAUUAUAAUUCAUGUAACAGAAAUUUAAAAAAAUGUGAGUCAACGUCCAUCCAUUUAACAUUUACGCACUACUUUGUGUUGAUCUGUUAGACAAAAUUUUAUAAAACUAAGUUUACUGCUGUGGUUGUAAUGUGGUAAAGUAUCUUUAAAAAUCCUCCAGGGGUAGGAAUACUUUCACAAGUGACUUGAAGAUCUGCAUUUCUUAUCUUGAAUUCAAAUUUUCAGAAAGUAAAAUGCACAAUAAUUUCUAACAUAGCAGCAACUUUACUAAAUAUCGACCAUGUGUUUCUGCACAAAUUCCAAAUAAAUCAACAAACUACAUUUCAUCUCUUCCAGAGUGAUAAUUUGCUAAAGUAAUGCAAUGAAGACGGUAAGCAGGAGAUACAAUCGGGAGCUUUGAGUGCUUGUGGAUAGUAACUGUGAAUGUGAAUGUAUUUGCACUAAUAAAGUGCAGCUUAUUAAGUAGGCAUGAAGAACUGAAAUGAUCCCCUUUUGCACCUUUAUUUGUCAUAAAAUUAGUUUUUUGUUUUACUAUCACCGUCCAAAUGAAUAAAGUAGCACUUAUUGGGCAUUUAUGCUUGGCGUCAUCCCUUUUUUUUUUUUUUAACAGCUUAGUUUAAAUUUUGCGUGUUUCUUACCGAUUUCAGGAUAUUCAAACAACUUUGCUUAAACAUGUUUUCCUUUCUGGAAGCAAAUCACCUCGCACAGUCAUAUUUUGCUGUGGUUUAGGUAUAUAUACAUUUUUUUUCAUUCCGUUGUAUUUACAAUAUUAAACAUUUUUUGUGACCUAUUCAAAGGUUUAUUACUCAAAUACGAAUGACGUUAAAUGUUAGUUUUUUUUGUUGAGUUGAUGACUUUGUUAACAUAAUAUGACUGAUUAAAUUCACAUGAAAACA